AUGGAAUCACUCAGAAGAAAUGUGAACGCAGACCAGGCCCCAACAGAAACUGAUACUGUGGGAAUGGAUGCUGCCAUUAAUGGUGAUAAUGGACAACCUAUAGCGAGCCAAAGCAAUGGCCCCAGUGAGGACACGGGAGGGACACACAUGAAGAGAAAACGAAAACCUUCAGAAAAGGGGUUGGAGUUGCAGGCGGGGGAGGUCAGGAAACCCUUGAAACCAUUGAAAUCUUCUGGUAGAUCGUCAAAAUUAAGAAGUAAACCUGUUACUGAUCUGGAUAAUGGUAAUGGAAUAUAUGGGGAUGAUAUUUCUGACUGA